AUGCGCCUCGCCAUAGUUGGUGGUCGCGAGGCUGCUGGGCGCGGCCAACAAAGGUCUGACAGCCACCGCCCACCAAGCUACCCACCCUCAUCCGUCUUGUUCGACUUGUGCAUAUUACCUAUAUGGGGUGUGGCUGCCUGA